GGUUCGUCCCUCUCCGGCUCCCCUCGGGCUUUUCCGGGGCGGGUUCGGGCCGUUCCGGCGCCGCUCGGGCCCUUUCCCAGGCUGCCGCCGGGCUGGAGGCUGGAGCGGGCUGGAGCGGAGCGGAGCGGCGGAUGGGGCCGGCGCAGAGGCGCUGGGAAGGGAGGAAUAGCGUGCCGCGCCGUCCCUGGCUGGAAGCGCUCUCCGCUUGUGCCCUCUGGACUCCAGGAAGGCUUUUUUGGUGACCGGACCCCUGAUCCCCCGUUUCUUCGCUGCAUGCCCGCUCACGAGUGCUGGAUUAUGUUUGUCUCCUUCUCGCUCUGCUCCAUCAUUUGGCUGAAUCGCGGCUUCAAGCUAAGGAAAAGGGGCUGCACCUAAGCACGCGGGGCCGCCCCGACGAGGCUCCCGGUUCGCGCGGAGACGUUGGGAGCGCCGAUGGGGGAGAGCUGCCCCUGAGCCGCCUCCCCUCCCGCCCGCCGCCGCCGCGCCGAUCGGAGCCGAGCCCCGGAGGCGGCGAGGAUGGGCAGCGCCGACGGGUUCCAGUACCGCGCGCUCUACCCCUACCGCAAGGAGCGCGAGGAGGACAUUGACCUGCUGCCCGGGGACACGCUGGUGGUGAGCAAGGGCGCCCUGCAAGCCUUGGGCUUCAAGGACGGCGACGAGCAGACCCCCAACCAGAUCGGGUGGAUCCUGGGCGUCAACGAGCGGACCAAGCAGAAGGGAGACUUCCCUGGCACCUACGUGGAGUACGUGGGGCCCGUGAAGAUCUCCGUUCCCUCCCACCGGCCCCGCGGGCAGCGGCCGCUGCCCGCGACGCCCGGGGCCGGCGGCUGCCGUUCGCAGGAGGCUCUGGAGCCAGGACCGCUCCUGCCCGACCUGCCGGAGCAGUUCAGCCCUCCGGAGGUUGCGCCGCCGCUGCUGGUGAAGCUGGUGGAAGCCAUCGAGAAGAAAGGGCUGGACAGCGAGAUGCUCUACAGGACGUCUGGCUCCGAACUGAGGCAGGCGCUGAAAGCCGAUUGGACCCUGGGCGACCUGGAGCCCUUCGACGUGCAUUCCCUGAGCGAGGCGCUACGAGGCUACCUGCAAGACCUGCCGGCCCCCGUGGUGCCGGUGUCCGUGCACGGGGACAUCCUUCGCGUCCUGCAGGAGAUCCCCCAGGCGGAGAAUUGCCGGAAGCAGCUGCUGCUGGCCCUGGAGUCGCCCGCGGUCCCGCUCCAGAACACGCUCACCCUGCAGUUCCUGCUCCGGCAUCUGGGGAAGGUAUCGCAGCAGGCAGAGAGCAACAGCCUCCACCCUCGGGCCCUGGGGGAGAUUUUCGGCCCCCUUCUCCUCCGGCUGCCUGGCGCCAGCCCGGAGCUGAGCCCUGACUUCUCCGUGCUAUUUCUGGAAAUACUUCUGCAAACGAAGGAGUCGGAGCAAGAACAGUUGCCCCCAGCUUUGCCUCCAAAACCGCCCAAGCCGAAGCCCAGCGCAGCCAGCCUGGCCAACGGGAACAGCGUGCCCUUGCAGGACGCCGAGUGGUACUGGGGUGACAUCUCCCGGGAGGAAGUGAACGAGAAGCUACGGGACACACCCGAUGGCACCUUCUUGGUGCGUGAUGCCUCCAGCAAGAUCCAGGGGGAAUACACGCUCACGCUCAGGAAAGGAGGCAAUAACAAGCUGAUCAAGAUCUUUCACCGGGAGGGGAAGUACGGCUUCUCGGAGCCCCUGACUUUUGGCUCGGUGGUGGAGCUCAUCACUCACUACCGGCACGAGUCGCUGGCCCAGUACAACGCCAAGCUGGACACCAGGCUGCUCUACCCCAUCUCCAAGUACCAGCAGGACCAGGUGGUGAAAGAGGACAGCGUGGAAGCCGUGGGGGAGCAGCUGAAGGUCUAUCACCAGCAGUACCAGGACAAGAGCUGGGAGUACGACCUGCUGUAUGAGGAGUACACGCGCACCUCCCAGGAGCUGCAGAUGAAGAGGACGGCGAUCGAGGCCUUCAACGAGACUAUCAAGAUCUUUGAGGAGCAGUGCCAGACGCAGGAGAAAUGCAGCAAGGAGUACAUCGAGCGCUUCCGGCGGGAGGGCAACGAGAAGGAGGUGCAACGGAUCCUCAUGAACUCGGAGAAGCUGAAGUCCCGCAUCACGGAGAUCCACGACAGCAAGAUGAAGCUGGAGCAGGACCUGAAGAAACAGGCCUCGGAGAACCGGGAGAUCGACAAGCGCAUGAACAGCCUCAAGCCAGACCUCAUGCAGCUGCGCAAGCUGCGGGACCAGUAUUUGGUGUGGCUGACGCAGAAGGGAGCCCGGCAGAAGAAAAUCAACGAGUGGCUGGGCAUCAAGAACGAGACGGAGGACCAGUACUCCAUGAUGGACGACGAGGAGGACCUGCCCCACCACGAGGAGCGGACGUGGUACGUGGGGAAGAUCAACCGUCUGCAGGCGGAGGAGAUGCUGUGCGGCAAGCGGGACGGCACCUUCCUGAUCCGCGAGAGCAGCCAGAAGGGCUGCUACGCCUGCUCCGUGGUGGUGGACGGUGACACCAAACACUGCGUCAUCUACAAGACGGUGACGGGCUACGGCUUCGCCGAGCCCUACAACCUCUACGCCUCGCUCAAGGACCUGGUCCUGCACUACAAGCACACAUCCCUGGUGCAGCACAACGACUCCCUGAACGUCACGCUGGCUCACCCGGUCCUUUCCCAGCCGCCGGCCAGAUGAGCAGCCUGUGCCCGACACGACAGCUGCCUCCGGCUUCUCCCCAGGGCGCUGCUUUCUGGCUCUGGACUCUCGCUCCCUGUAUAGUUGAGUCUGUGCUCCUGCCCCUCCAGAGCCUCCGAGGUGUCUGUGACCGUUCCUGGUGUCCCUUUUUGGUCAGUAGCUGAAACCCGUGUUGGCUGAUGGGACAGAAAGGCUGGGCUGUUGACUCCCACUGGGCUCCAGCGUUUAGGAGGUGGGAUCCAGCUGGAUUGAACCGCUGUGGGUGAGCGCAGCCCCCUUCCCCGAUCCCGGUAAGCAGGUGGGAUCCCCUUCUUGCAGCCACGCGUUGCUGCGGAGCUGGUUCCCGAUUCCCCGGUGCACUACGGAGCGGGUCGCCCCGGCCCGCCGGCAUGCUCCGCUCUGCCCGAGGGGCUCCUGGCCGGCCGUGGGGAUCGGCCGAGGAGGAGCCUCCACGGAGCAGCUGAGCACGCGCGUCCUCCGCUCUCGCUUCCUUCGGCGCUCGCGGGCUGCGGCGGGAGCUGGGGCCUGGUACGAGGGAGGGGUGCUGCUCUUCCGUGCAAAGCCUCGCUUAGGAAGGAGGAAGCCCUGCGUGGGGCGGAGGGCGGGCUGGGACCAGGGCUUAUCUGGGCCGUGCCCCACCUCGCUCCCUUGUUCCCUAGUUUCAUAACCACCUCCUGAGCGUUGCUGUCCGGGGAGGGAGGAUCCAGUUAGUGAGGCAUCUCUCGCCUUGGUUGUGCCAACUAAGCUGUGAAAUCCGUGUUGGUACCCGUGUUUUUCCCGGCAGAACCUGUGGGACGCACAGCUCUUUGUUUCUGUUGUCUUCGGUGAAUCUCUGCAAACGUAACCCGUUGAAGCUAACUGUAGCCAUGUAAAUACGGUUCUUUUGUAAUCGGCUGCUUACCUAGUACCGGUGUAUGCUGAACUUCCAGUGCGAUAUGCAAGCGCCCGGGCGGCAGCCGACCGGACUGUUUCCGACUCGGGUCCCGGGUCCCGCCGCGGCCGACGCAGGAGGUGGCCGGAGCCCGACGCACACUACGAGCCCGACGCUACGUGAAGGACCUCCCUGCUGCCGGAGGAUGGUAUCUCCGCUGGGCCCAGGGCCUUAGCACAUAGCGAUGUAUAUGCAUGACGUUGAACUAUGUAUGCAAAGCACUUAUAAUCACGAGUACUGUAUGGGAUGAGCACUGGGCUGGGCUUGGGAAGAAGGAGCUGGGGUUUGCUGUAACGCUGCAGCCGCAGCUGGCCCGCGCGGACGGGGCUCGUUGCAUCUUUUCAGAUAUUGCCGAGCUUGGCGGCAGCAGAAGAGGCGCCGCGUGGCCCUGGUAGGGCAGGCAGCUCUCGGCAAGGGCCGCUCCUGUCUCCCUUUCUGGGGACGCUCUGCCCGUCCGCGGAGGUGGAGCUGGUGUCUGCAGCCACCGGGGUGGCAGAGGCCAUCCCUGCCGCUCCAGCAGCGCUUUAACGGCUGGAAAGGGGCUGUGAGAUGAGGACAGGGUAGUGUUUGCUUUACUGGGUUGUCCUGUCUGCCUGUAUUCGAGAAAGCAUUAGUUGUCCUCUCGGCUUGCCUGCGAGGCCCUUUCCCUUUCAGAGGCCUCGGGCUGGGCUGGGGGAUGCUCUGGGCUUCGCUGCUUGGCUGUUGCGUCAUGAUUCGGGCCGCGCUGGAUCCGCAGGGUGCUUGGGUUCGGUGCCGGCGUGCGGCACGCUUGCACGUAGCCUGCUUGCGUCCCCUUCCUCGGCACGUGCCGCGGCUUGGGCCACCACGAACCGUCCUGUCCCUGCUCCCCAGCUCAGCUCUGCUCUCGCUUCGAUCCCGGCCGCCCUCCGCAUCCGCGCGCUGCAGCAAACGUCGCACUCCCGGUGCUGGGGGCAGCGCGGGUCUUGGCUCCCCGGCCCUGCUCCGCGCCCCCUCUCCGGCCCCCGUGGCAAUUUGGCAUUUCCCUGGCUCAGUCGCUCGGUGCUGUUAGGGAGCAAAGCUGCAUCUAGGGAUGAUUAAGGAAAUAGUUUGGGCUCCUCCAUGCGCCUCUCCCAAGGGGCCCAGCCCCGGCGGCCUCCCCUCGGGGCCGCGUCCUGCCCGGAGGGGGCUGCUCUGGGCCCGCCGCAGCUGCAGGGCCCCGUGCGGGGGGGCUGAGUCGGACGCUGAGACAUCGCGUCCCGCCGGCCCCGACGCCUCGGCGCUUCCCCGGGGAAAUCCCAGCUGCUCACGACGGCAGUUCUCCCUCCCAGCUGCGUCGCUGCUGCUUUUCCCCGCGCUGCCCCCCCCGCCCCAUGCUUCUUCCUCCGCGUCCCGGGAGCGGGGCCGGCUCGGUGCCAGCGCGGGGGGCCGCCUUGCCCCACACGUCCCCUAGUGCCGCCGUUCCCGCGCUCCGACGCCGCCCGGACCCUCCCCGCGGUCCCCGUCCCGCGUGCGGCGAGGAGCAGCAGGCCCGGCGGCGGCCGCCUUUUCCCGACGGUGCUCGACUCGGCUCCGGGAAACGCGGCUUUUCCCCUUCCCUGGGUGGGGGCCGAGCCCCGGGCUUCCCGCGAAGCAGCUCCUUGGCCUUUGUACUUAGCUUUAGCCCUUUCGGCUCAGCCCGGCGGAGGGAGGUGGGUUGAGGACCCCGGGCUGCACUUUGCCCCCUGCGAGGCGGCGGGGGCCCCCGCAGCUCCGGUCCCCCCCGCCGCGGCCCGGAGGUCCCUGCUGCACCCGGUGCCCCCGCUCCCCCCCCCCCGCAGCUCUCCGUUACCAGCAGUCGUUCUCUGUGCUCUUUCUGUCGAUGUUUACUAAUGUCAACCCAGUAUUUGUUACUGUAAGAGACUUUUUGUACGGUACUUCGAAAAAAAGAAACAAAAAAAACUAAGAAAUAAACAGAAUUAAUGAUA